UAUCUUCCAUUUUAAUAGUUUGCCUUGUAAGGUGAUUCUCUUCGGAAAUGUUGAUCUAUUAAUAGCAUCCACUACCUAAUUUUAAUAUACCUUUUUGUUUCUGUUAGAUCAUUCUGGCUUUCCGAUUCUCUUUCUGAUAUUUUGUUCAUAGAAUCUUUAAAAUCAACAAACGUCAAAACAAUUGCUUAUAAUCAGUCUUACUUUAUUAUAUGGCGGAAGAACAAGAAGGAAUGAGAAAGCAGGUUGUGUUGGUUAAGCCUUUCUCGUUAGACGAUGAGAAAGACUCUGAACAUACAACUUCGAAUCUCAUACAACGUAUCCUAAGUCUCUUUAAAAACGUACGGCCAGGAUCCGAUCUCACUAACUUCCAGCUUCCACCUCAACUGAACCUACCGAGAUCGCAACUCCAGUGCUAUGGCGAGAUGGUCUACAGUUUGAACGGUCAAGAUUUACUAGGAGAGUGUGGUCGCCGUGACAAACCAAUCGAACGGCUCAAAUCAAUCGUAACGUGGAACCUCUCAACUCUCCGGCCAUUGAUCUUUGGUCUGGCCCCGUAUAAUCCUAUCGUCGGCGAAACUCACCAUGUGUCCAAUGGCUACGUUAACGUUCUCGUAGAGCAAAUAUCGCAUCAUCCACCAGUGUCUGCUCUUCAUGCAACCCACGAGAAAGAAAACAUAGACGUAACGUUUUGUCAAUACUUCACACCUAAAUUUCGUGGUGCGUACGUGGACGUCGAGGUCAAGGGUAAAAGAGUGGUGAAACUUCUAAAUCAAAAAGAGACUUACGAAAUGAACCAGCCAAGACUUGUGAUGACAAUUCUUCCGGUGACAGGAGCUCACUGGGCAGGAAAGAUCGUGAUAAAGUGCCUGGAGACUGGACUCGAGGCCGAACUGCAACUACUCUCUGAUUCAUUCUUAAGUAGAUUCACAGGAAACAACAAGAGAUCCAUUAAAGGCAAGAUCUUUGAAUCUUCCUCUGGGAGACGACUCUAUGAACUCUUUGGACAAUGGGACAGAACCGUUACUGCAAAAAAUCUGAAGACUGGAGAGGUUGAGGUUAUAUACAACGCGAGUGAAAACAUUGCAGAGCUCAAAACACCCAUUGUCAAGAACAUGCAGGAGGUGAGUGAGAGCGAGUCUGCGAUGGUGUGGAGCGAGGUCAGCGAAGGAAUCAUGAAGCAAGAGUGGGAGAAGGCAAGAGAAGGCAAGAGAGAUGUGGAGGAGAAGCAGAGAGAGUCUCGGAGGCAAAGAGAGGCUUCUGGACAGUCAUGGAUUCCAAAGCAUUUCUCUGUGGUUCGAGCUGGUAAAGACUGGGACUGUGUUCCAUUACAGCCUAGAGUUCCUCAAGCUCCUAUUGUUGUACCUCUCUGAUUCAUAUAUAUAUAUAUAAUUCUCUCUAGAGGUCCUACAAUAAGUAAAGAACUCAUGAGAAGUACAAACACAUAGUUGCAAGAGAUUCUCAAGCCGCAAAAACACAAGCAAAUAGAUUUGUAACUUACCAGUUUAUCUCAGAUGAGUUCGCUUUGGCUU